CCAGCCACCCCCGGAGCGGAACCCGGCCCGCGGCCGGACGCCCCCUGCCCCGCUGCAAAGGACCGAGGGCGGAAGGCGGCUGCAGCCCAGACAUGGUGGACUGAAACUCGGGCGCAUUUCCUGAGCCUCUCCCCGGAGCAAGGGCAGGGGCCCCCUCUUCUUUCCCGCUUCCUCCGCCUUUUCUGUCCCUAUGGAGCAGCGCCCCCCCGCCCGCGGCCAUGCCUAGGAAAGCGGGGAAUGGGCAGCUCCCCUUACCCGACGGCUGGGAGGAGGCGCGCGACUACGACGGGAAAGUCUUCUACAUCGACCACAACACCAAGCAGACCAGCUGGAUCGACCCCCGGGACAGGUUAACGAAGCCAUUAUCCUUUGCAGACUGUGUUGGAGAUGAGCUACCGUGGGGAUGGGAAGCUGCAUACGACCCUCAGAUUGGUGUCUACUAUAUCGACCACAUAAACCAAACUACACAGAUAGAAGAUCCAAGAAAACAAUGGAGACAAGAGCAAGAGAAAAUGCUAAAAGAUUAUCUUACCGUAGCGCAAGAUGCACUAAGCACUCAAAAAGAACUGUAUCAUGUGAAAGAACAGAGACUGGCACUUGCUUUGGAUGAAUAUGUGCGAUUGAAUGAUGCCUACAAGGAAAAGUCAAGCUCCCAUACUAGCUUAUUCUCAAGCUCCUCUUCUGGCACUAAGUAUGACCCUGAUAUUCUGAAAGCAGAAAUCUCCACUACAAGAUUAAGGGUUAAAAAGUUGAAGAGGGAACUCCUACAGAUGAAGCAAGAAUUACUGUAUAAAGAGCAAGGCUUUGAAACACUGCAGCAAAUUGACCAAAAAAUGUCUGGAGGCCAGAGUGGGUAUGAACUAAGUGAAGCUAAAGCCAUUGUGAAUGAGCUGAAGUCUAUUAGAAAGGCCAUAAACUCAGGCGAAAAAGAGAAGCAAGAUUUAAUGCAGAGUCUUGCAAAGCUGAGAGGAAGAUUCCUUUUUGAUGAAACAAUUGGGAGAUCAGAACCAGAUCUGAGUUGCAGCCCAGCGCACUCUCAGCUUUCCCUUUCUAGGCAGACUUUGGAUGCAGGUUCUCAGACAGACAUUUCUGGUGAUGUUGGCAUCAGAAAUAGGUCCAAUUUAGCUGAAAAGGUCAGGCUGAGUCUUCAGUACGAAGAAGCCAAAAGAAGCAUGGCCAACCUAAAGAUUGAACUGUCUAAGUUAGAAAGUGAAGCUUGGCCUGGGGCCCUGGACAUUGAGAAGAAAAAGCUGAUGCUGAUUAAUGAAAAGGAAGAGCUUCUAAAAGAACUUCAAUUUGUCACCCCAUGUAAACGCACUCAAGAUGAAUUGGAGCAUCUGGAAACGGAAAGGAAAAGGCUGGAAGAGGAGCUGUCUGUGAAAAGCACACCUAGCGAUGCACUUACGGAACGGUUAAAAUUGGAAGACAGAAGGAAGACUUUAGUAAAAAAACUUGAAGAAACCACUAAACUAACUACAUAUUUGCAUUUGCAGCUUAAAAGUCUCUCUGCCAGUACAUUAUCUGUAUCUUCAGGGAGCAGCCUGGGGUCCCUGGCAUCCAGUCGAGGGUCUCUGAACACAUCUAGCAGGGGAUCACUUAAUUCUCUUAGCACUACAGACCUCUAUUAUAACCAAGGUGAUCAAACCACAGACUUGGACUAUCAGUAUAAACUGGACUUCAUGUUGCAAGAGAAAUGCGGUUACAUUCCAUCGGGCCCUAUAACUACCAUUCAUGAAAAUGAGGUGGUCAACUCCAACGGGAGAAUGGGUUAUAGUGAUUCUUCUGGCUCUUCAGCAGCAAGCUAUGCCCCCAAAUUAACUGAGCCUCCAAAAUCGGUGACCUCACUGUCUUCAAGAUCCUCUCUUUCCUCCUUGUCCCCUCCUGGAUCACCUUUGGUUUCAGAAGGGGCCUUCUCAGUGCCACCUCAAGACUCUCCAUUGCACCACCUCACAGCAGACUUUGAAGACUGCGAUUUUCUGAGCGAUUUUGCAGGCGUUAGCCUCUGCGAGAACCAAAUGUUGUCGGACUCAGAAGCCAGAACAUCAUCUCAGUCUCUUACAGAUGAUAAAGACCUCAGUGAAAGCAUUAGACAGACUACAUCACCUUCAAGAAAUGCAGGUGUGGACUUACCAAGAAGAACCAUAAGCCAUCUGCUUGAGGAGAAGGCAGGAUGUGUAUCGGCAGCCGUGUCUGAUGAGUCUGUGGCUGGAGACAGUGGUGUAUAUGAAGCUUCUGUAAAACAACCAAAUGAUAACGAAGAGGUUGCAUAUUGCGAAGAUGAUACCACAAUUCUAGAAACUGCACAAGUACAGAUAGGACUCAAAUACGAUACAAACAGUUCCAGUUUUGUGAUAAUUGUGGUGCAGCUACAAAACCUUCAUGCCCUUUCUGUAUCCCCUGGCUCCAAAGUGUAUUUUAGAGUUGCAGUCCUCCCUUCUUCAGCUGACAUCAGCUGUCUGUUCCGCACAAAAGUCCAUCCUGCUGCUGAAACUCUCUUGUUUAGUGAGAUGUUCCGAGUAGCCAUUUCCCAAGCUUCUUUGCAUCAGAAGACAUUGAGAGUGGAUGUCUGCUCGAUCAGUAAGACUCAUCGGGAGGAAUGCCUCGCUGGAACUCAAAUAAGCCUGGCAGACUUGUCAUUUUCAGAUGAGACUUCUACUCUGUGGUAUAACUUGCUGGCUUGCAAGCAGAUCCCUGGCAAAAAGGGCAAGGAACCAAAAGAAGAUCCUGCAUUUGUUCCGGACAGUCAGUUAUCAGGUUCCUUGGACUUGGAUGCUGUGUCAGCUUUACUAGAAAGAACCUCAGCUGAACUGGAAGCAGUAGAGCAAGAGAUGGCAGAAGAAGAGGAGGAAGAAAAGGAUGUGCAGGAGUCACGGAGUGCUGAGCAAGAAUGGCUAGGAAUGCUGGCAGAGACGUCCAGCGAGAUUGCAACGGAAGAAGAGGAAAACAUUAAAGGAGCAGAGGGAGGUGACUAUGCCGAAGACGACAGAUUCUGCUCCCAGUUGGCAGAAGCAAAUGAAGUCAAGGAGGAGGAAGAUGUGUGUCACAACGAGCUGGCAAUGGUAUUGCCCGCACUGGUCGACAAAGAAACUAACACAGAGGAUGAGAGUGAAUGUGUGGUUGUCCGGCCCAAGGACAGAGCCAGCCUGAAGUCUCAGCAGCCUCCUUUUGUCCGGAAUAGCAUGAUAGUCCGUUCACAAACCUUCUCUCCCGGAGAGCGGAACCAGUACAUCUGUAGGCUGAAUCGGAGUGACAGUGACAGCUCAACGUUGGCCAAAAAGUCCCUCUUUGUGAGAAAUGCCACAGAACGACGGAGUUUGAGAGUCAAAAGGCCUGCUUGCCAGCCUCAUAUGCGAAGAGCAACACGAGAGCGCCCUGUCCGUACCUCCCUGGACUUGGAGCUGGAUCUCCAGGCUUCUCGGACCCGACAGAGUCGCCUGAAUGAUGAACUGCAAACACUGCGUGAACUUAAACUGAAGCUUGAGGAGAUGAAAGCCAGAGGGGAGACAGAGCUUCCGCCCUGUGUGCUGGAGGAUGAAAGAUUCCAAAAGCUUUUGAAACAAGCUGAAAAACAGGCCGAACAAUCAAAGGACGAAAAGAAACGGGGUUUAAGUGCUGAAAAAUUGAUGAGGAAAGCUUCGAAGGAUGUGUGCCGGUUGCGAGAGCAAAGCCAGAAGGUGCCGCUACAAGUGCAAUCAUUUCGGGAGAAGAUUGCAUAUUUCACAAGAGCAAAAAUCAGCAUACCAUCUUUGCCGGCAGAUGAUGUCUAACUCUUCCCUUGCCCCCCAUCUCCACAAGGUGGUUUUCCACGUGUUCAUCUUUUUUAAAAAUAAAGAUGAAUUUGUAGUUUAGUUACCUGGGUUUAAAGCCUUCUGUUUUACAUCCCACUUACAGAUAUUGUUUGUAAAAAAACAAAACAAAAAACAACAAUAAGUUGUGUUCUAGUAUUUUUUAAUACAAGAAAACAUCCCCUCUCUUUUCCUUUGUGUAAAUCUCCCACACCAGAAAACCAAAGUAGAUUAUUUCUGGCUCACGGAUGCUAAUUUUGUACAGUUUGUAUGUAUUGCAGAUGUGCUACUCUUUUGUAAAGUUGGAUCUAAAGAACAAAGGCCGCACCAAGUAUAUCCUGUUGAACUGCACUGUGUCAAGAAAUAUUAUGUUCAGCAGGAGGUUUCUUUUCACUGUUUUUUUUUUCUUUCACAAGAGCAGACUGUGAAGAUGGCUGCUAGGCCAUGCAAUAUUUUUGUACAAAUGUGUGACUUUUUUUUAGCUAGCAACAAACAUGAAUUCUUCAUUCAAAACAGCAAGGCUGCCUCAUAUAGACAGGUGCCGUUGACUUCUGUCCCCCACAUUGGAACUUUCAGCUAAGAACCCUGUCUCCCCCCCCCUUUUUUUUUUGGUAAGAGACAUGUGACACUGAGUGAUGGGAGUGGGGUGUUAUGAAUGUACGGGACCUUGGGCUGCUCAUAGGUUGUCGAGUCUCCUUGCAUCUGAAAGCAGGGGGAAGUAAUGUGUGGCAACCCAAGAACCCUGAAAUGUGUUAAACUGAACCUACCCAAGGGCAGCUGUUUUCUAAAACUGGACUCAGGUUCAUACUAAAUAUUUAAACCUGAGGAGUCAAAUACUUUAACACUUCAAUGUAAUGUGUAUGUCUAACACAACAGACAGUAGCCUAUAGGAAUAGUCAAAGUUAAAAAGCCCUGACAGACCUGUGCAAUUUUCAAGGAAAUGGUUCUUGGCAAAAUUCAUUAUUCUUCUAAGCACCAGACAUGUUGUUGGUAUAGAAAUUCCUUCUAAGUGAAAUGCAUGAUAUUAGAGCUCUUAAAAAUGAGUUAGUGGGUUAAAGAUUAAAUACACCAUGCAAGCUGGUUCCUAAAUUAAGUGUGGCACAAAAAGGAAUAAUCAUGAUUGAGAUAUCUAUGGAACUGGAAUCUUAAUUUGUUUAAAGAGUUCAUAUUGACAAAAAGGAAAAUGAAUGUUUGUUAAGAUUUGUGCUGGGAAACAAAAUUUUCCGAUUACUUUUUUAAGCAGGGUAAUGCUACAAGUGUGUAAGUGGGUAUGACUAUACUGGCAUAUUCUCUUUGAGUGUCAUCCUGCAGCAAAUAGCUGAUCUUGUCUGAUGUCAUAGUAGGGUUUGGUUAGCAGAGAUGAUCAAUCUUGCUGCCAUUAGCUUGGCGGGAAUGACGGUUGCCAGAUUGCUCCCAGAAUUAUAACUGAUCUCCAGACCACAGAGAUCAGUUUCCCUGGAGAAAAUGGCCGCUUUGGACAGUGGAGUCUAUGGCAUUGUACCCUUCUGAGGCCUCUCUCCAAACCCCACCUUCCCCAGAUACCACCUCCAAAUCUCCAGGAGUUUCCUAAUCUGGAAUGGACAACCCUAUGUCCAGAGCUUUUUUCCUGGGAAAAGUGGUGGUAGAACACAGUGGGUUGCCCUCAGAGAAAAUGGUCA